UGGCUAAAUAAUUUUUUUAAUGAUAACUACAUAAUCAUCAUCUAUUUCUGAAGCCUGUUUAAGCGUCACAAUGUCAAGUUUCCAAUUGCCUUUUUAAUCAAGUUGUCUAACACCAAAUAUAUAGUAUCGUAACGUACUACCCUUGUUUCAAAAAGAUGAUGGGACGAUAGGAAGAAGUAGUUCAAGGAAUCAAGGUCAAAUUACUUAAAGGGUGAUUUGGUCUUUUAUCUUAUUUAAUUUAUCUUAAUUAUACUUUGAUUUUAGAUCUCUAUACAAAGAAGGAAUGAGAAAUCUCACCACGACUUCCGCUACCACCGCCGCUACAACCACCGUCUUACUAUUUCUCAUACUCCUUUACCUCCACAUCCAAAAAUUAACUCCGUCCCAAAAAAUAAUGUCACAGUUACAGUAUUCAAACCCGAUAAAUCCUUAUAACCGCCUCCACAUCAUCCAAAACUCCGACGGUACACUAACACGCCUCCCGGAGUUCUACCCCACCAUCCCUCCUUCCACCACUGACACCUCCGCUCCUUCUCUCUCCAAAGAUGUCAUUCUAAACUCAGAUCACAACACCUCGGUUCGAAUCUUCCUUCCAAAAAACGUUUCGAACCACGAAAAAACCUCAAAGAAACUCCCAAUACUAGUCUUUGUUCAUGGAGGUGGAUUCGUCCUCUGCAGUGUAGCCACCCCUGUUGUUCACGAGUUCUGUUCCGAAUCAGCGAGUCAACUCGGCGCGUUAGUUGUCUCGGUUGAGUACAGACUCGCACCCGAACAUCGUCUUCCUGCUCAAUACGACGACGUUUUGGAGGCGUUGAAUUGGGUUAAAGAAGGAAAAGAUGAGUGGUUAAAAAAUUACGGGGAUUUAACGAGGUGUGUUAUGAUGGGUGAGAGUGCAGGGGGUAAUAUAGUCUAUCAUGUUGGAUUAAAGGUAGCUAAUCAGAUCGAUGAUUUUAAGCCGUUGAUUAUUAAGGGGUUAAUUUUGAUCCAACCGUUUUUUGGAGGUGUUGAGCGUACUAAAUCCGAGAUUAGGUUGGUUAAUGAUGAAGACUUGAGUUUAGUUGUUAAUGAUUUGUUGUGGGACCUCUCUUUGCCCGUCGGGUCGAACCGGAGUCACGAGUAUUGUGACCCGUUUGUAGGUGAUGGGUUAAAGUUAUGGGACCGGGUUCGGGAUUUGGGUUGGAAAAUCGGGGUGACGGGUUGUGAUGGUGACCCGCUUUUUGAUCGGAAUGUUAAGUUGGGUAAAUUGUUGGAGCAAAAAGGAGUUGGUGUAAGGUCUUUGUUUGAUAAAGGUGGUCAUCAUGGUAUGUUUUUAUCCAAUCCUCCUAAGACAAAAGAAUUGUUUGAUUUUGUUAACAGUUUUUUUCCUGUUUAGCGAUCAAUGAUAAUCUUUGGAUAAUGAUAUUCAAGUUGUAAACUCUUAUUGUACAUUUGUCGAAAUACUUCCCCUGUUAA